UGUCAAAGUUUAGUUAUUUCUGGUUAGAUUGAAUGAUUUGCUAAUACUAGUUUCAACUCGAGAGCUUGAUUUUGGCAUGAAUCUGGGAAAUGGACCCAUUGUCACGUGGACCACUCAUCUUCGCCAUGGAAAUUGUGGUUGUGGAUUGGAAAAUCAACUCGAGACUCUGGUGGGGUGCCGGGUUCGAUUUCGAUCCAGUGCUCCAGUGAGAAGGUCUGGAUGAAAAGAAAGAGAAGAUGGUGUUCGUGUCGGUGGAGGCAAGGCCACGAAUUCACAUUCCACUGACCACGCACAGAUUUGCUGCUCACAAAUCCGAGGGCGCGGGCGAGACCUCUGAUUCCGGGACCGAUGCUGCGGUGCGAAUCUCAACGCUGGACGAGCGGCAGUGCUGCAAAUUCAUGCCGCUCGCCAUGCCCGCCACGAAAUCCUCGUCCAAGCUGCGCUCUUUCAAAAGGAUUUCCAGGAACUCGAUCAGCUCCUCGGCCUCCGGCCACAGCCACGACCUGGGCUCUGGCAAAUCCGACGAGAAUGCGGCCGAUUGGAUCAACUCGGCCGUCAAAGACCCUCUUGUGGAGAUUGACCCAGUGACCAUGGAGCAGCUACUUAAGAACAGGGGAGUAGAUUCUUCGGCUGGGAGCACCACUCCAGUCGCGAUUUCUCCGCAGCCUCUUUGGCAACUCUUUUCGUCGCCGGCGCCGCAAGGAUUUGGGAGCGUUCUUUUGGCUUUGGGUGCUACCAUUUUCGUCGCAAGCCUUGCUACCGUGGGUUACUUGAUGAGAAAUCGCAGCCAGGGGAUCGAGAAGGUCAAUUCCUCCAAGGAUGGUAUUUUUUUCCAAGGAGGGAAAUCGCUCGCAGUGGUGGACCCAGGAUUGGAUGAUCCUUCUUAUUUGAGUGAUGAGGAGAGGAGGCUGGAUUUGCAGAGCAUUGUCGAUGGUGGCGGGGAUGGAUCGUCCGAAAGUGAUGGUGUUGGCGACGCCUCCAGAGAAGAGAUCUUUGCAACCCCGAGUGAAUUGAAACACCAGAGCUCGUCCGAGGGUGGUGAAAUCUUCUUCAAAGAAAACACUGGCAAAUUAGAGUUUGAAGAUCUGAAAGUCCAGGAACCAGCGAGUUUUUCUGACGAGGUGACAACCAGUUCAGAAGACCAUGAAGAUCGCACUAGAGGCUUUGAGGGUUUUGAGGCUAGCGGAUCAAAAGGUAGUAGCGACUUGGAAGAAGAUAUGGUCACUCCUGAGGUGGUGGUAGCAGCUGCCAUAGCAGCGACAGCCUCGCUAAGCAGAGAAUUCCAAAGAGCCAUCACGGAGAAAAGACAGGAAGCUCACGUCGAAAGCUUGGAGGAAAUACUCGUGGCUGAGAUGGAUGAAUCGAGUGAGUCGAGUGAGUCGGAGGAUGACGUGCUGACGAAUGAUAUAGUUAGAGAUGUUCUGGCGGACUUGGCUGCUCUGGAAGCGAUGGAAAGAGAGAAAGCCGCCAUGAAUCGUGUCGGAAGCUUGGAUGGAGCCAGAAACACUUGGGGAGAUGACGAGUUGAAGGCAGUAGAAAAAGCUCGAGAUGGUUUGGAUGAAGCUACAAGCACCGCUUCAGAGUUGUAUGGAAGCUCUAGAGUUGACGACAAAGUUCUGGCUCGACAGUCACUUAGAAGACAAGAAAAAGCGAUUCCAUCUUACAAAUCAAAUGAUGGUGUUCAAACAGUUGACUAUGGUGAUACCCACAAAGGUCACGAAACAAAGCAAGGAGAAGAACUAGGAAGAAUCCAUAGCUCCGAUGAUUCACAAGAGAAGGAAGUUCUUUCUUUGAAAGCUUAUCCAUCAGCUGAUGUUGAUGUGGAGAAACUUAGUUACGCUCCUGGUCAACAUUCUCGAGACAAUAUGUGGAUGACAAACUCAAAAAAAAAUGAUAAUCAGAUGAUUUACAAAGAUUACAAAGAGGAGAUCAAAAAAAUUGUACAAGCUAUAGUUCCAGCAGUUGCAGUUGGAGCUGGUGCAAUAAGCAUGAUUAAUGGAGUUGAUGCUGCACUAGAAAUGGUGGGUUUUGCUGCAACUACAAGCUUUGUAUGGUAUGAUUUACUAUGGGCUGAAACUAGGCAAAAUCUUUAUAAGGACUUUCAAGGCAUAAAAAAUCACAAGGAGUUGCUUCAAUUUUUAAGAUCUAAGAAAAUUGUUCAACCAAAGGUUUAGAAAAAUUUAUAUUCUUUAUAUAAGUCAUUACCACGAUAAAAUUAAUGUUAAAAUUAAAACUUAUCAUCA